GAGUCUGAGGUGAGACAAGGUCCGAGUGCCGCGACGGAGGCGGGGACGCGGCCUUCCCGCGGGGCCGUACACCAUGCCCGGGCCAGGCGCUGCGCGAAGCCCGCCAACUGUUCCCGCGCGAGUUCUCGCGGGAGCCCGUGUUUGCAGCUUCCCUUGGCGGGAGGGGAAACUGAGUCCCUGAGGGGUAGUUCUCCAGGCGUCACCCAGCAAACUUUGGCGGGACUAGACCAGAUGGCUUCUCCUUUCGGCCGCCUCUGCCGCCUCCUCGCGCCUUCUGACACCCGGCCUCGGUUCGGAGGAUCCCGCGCAUUCCGUGACGGGGCCUGUGGGUCCAAGGGCCGGCUGCGCAGGGGAGAGAACUUGGCCGACCUUGGCCCUGGUCGGGUCGAGCUGCUGCGGGGGAGGGGAGGUGUGUCCUGAGCCAGGUCCCCACGGCGGCUUUCCCUCCCAGCGCAGCUGCCCCGGGCCCUCGCGGGGUGACUCCGCGCAGGGCUCGGAUCGCUGCUCCGCUCGCAAAGCCUCCCGGAGCAGGGCGGCCUCCGUGCGGCGCCGGGGCCCCGGGGGUGAUGCGACAAGGCCCUGCUCUGGAGGAGCUCCCGGUCUCCUGAGGGAAGCCGUGUGGAAAAGUAAUGACAACCAACUCCUAAAGGGCUGCGGGAGCGCAGAAGUGGUGAGAACCAGCCAGUGUUGCCAGCGAACUGGAGGAAGAGUUUUCUCAUAGACAGUGACUCUUGGGUGUGGAGUUGAUGUUCUUUGUUCGUUUAUUAAUUCAACAAAUUCUUCAACAGGAACUGUGCUGAGCACUGGGAAAGUCCUCACCCUCUGACAAACAGUAGACCCCAAAGAAAUACAGGGUGCUGUGGGGUGACCAGUGAAGAACCUGACCCUGUCAGGGAAAGGGAAGUGAUGCAUGAGCUGAGCUCUGAAGAAUGGGUUAAGAAUGAACUAGGUGAAGGAGGUGCUUGGGGUUUCAAGCAGAGGGAAAUGUGGACCCAGACUCAGAGAUGGUGUGUCUGGAGGACUGAAAGAAGGCCCAUGAGGCCAGUGUGACUGAAGGUUAUGGGGCAAGGGUGAAAGUAGGAGGUGUGGCUGGUGAAAUGUGCAGGGGCCAAAUUGACAAGGCCUUGUAGGCUGCAAUGAAUUUGGUCUAGAGAUUGUGAAGAAAGAUGAGAUUAGACCUGAUUGUGGAAGGCCGUGUACGCCACGCUGAGGAGCCUAGAUUUUAUCCUGUUGGUUCUAGUAAGCCAGUGAGGGUUUUGAACAUAGAAGCAAUCUGGUUGGCAGUGUCUCUCUGGUUGUGGGAAGGGUAAGCCCAAUUGUGUCUUUGGAGGUAAGAUCAGGGAAGAAGUGGCUGUAAUGAAUAAGGUGAGAAGCAAGGAGAAGCACUGUUAUAUAGCGCUUGUUGCAGGCACUGACAUUCAUCACAGGACCUGGUGCACAGAGGGACUUGGGUGAAAGGCUUGAACUAAGGUGAGAAGAUGGAGCCCAUGCACAGACAGUAGGAUCCGGACCAGGCCUUAGCUACUUUCUACUAGCAUGACAAGAAGGGAAGUCUGGUGUUCCUCGAGAUGGCCUGAUAUGAAGGAGUCACGCCUUCUACCACCCCAAGCCCCCAGAGCUGCCCUGUGGCUGCCUUGUCCUUCAAGUGCGGGAGCCAGUUGAAAUGUCCGGAAUGGAAGCCAGUGUGACCAUACCAAUCUGGCAGAACAAGCCACAUGGGGCUGCUCGAAGUGUAGUGAGAAGAAUCGGGACCAACCUGCCCCUGAAGCCAUGUCCCCGGGCUUCCUUUGAGACCCUGCCCAGCAUUUCUGAGCUGUGUCUGAGAGAUGUGCCCCCAGUCCCUACUUUGGCUGACAUCGCGUGGAUUGCUGCAGAUGAAGAGGAGACCUAUGCCCGGGUCAGAAGCGAUACGCGCCCCCUGAGGCAUACCUGGAAGCCCAGCCCUCUGAUCAUUAUGCAGCGUAAUGCCUCAGUGCCCAACUUGCGUGGGUCUGAAGAGAGGCUCCUGGCCCUGAAGAAGCCAGGCCUGCCAGCCCUAAGCCGUUCCACAGAGCUGCAGGAUGAGCUGAGCCACCUACGCAGCCAGAUUGCCAAGAUAGUGGCGGCUGACGCAGCUUCGGCUUCAUUAACGCCAGAUUUCUUAUCUCCAGGAAGUUCAAAUGUCUCUUCUCCUUUACCUUGUUUUGGAUCCUCAUUCCACUCUACAACUUCCUUUGUCAUUAGUGACAUCACCGAGGAGACCGAGGUAGAGGUCCCUGAGCUUCCAUCAGUCCCCCUGCUUUGUUCUGCCAGCCCUGAAUGUUGCAAACCAGAACACAAAGCCACCUGCAGCUCGUCUGAAGAGGAUGACUGCAUCUCUCUGUCCAAGGCCAGCAGCUUUGCAGACAUGAUGGGUAUACUGAAGGACUUUCACCGGAUGAAACAGAGUCAAGAUCUGAACCGGAGUUUACUGAAGGAGGAAGACCCUGCUGUUCUUAUCUCUGAGGUCUUAAGGAGGAAGUUUGCUCUGAAGGAAGAAGAUAUCAGUAGAAAAGGAAAUUGACAGCACCCAGCUCUGCAAACUCAAUCUCAUGCUCCUGGAAUCCUUCAAAAGCUGCCUUCCUCACUGCAGAUGUUUCUGCCUCUCAAUUAGAAAUCUUCUGCAACAGUCUUGCUGACAAGCUAGGACUUGGACUGAAAAAGAAGAGCUAGAUUAUGUUUCCCACACUUCAAACCUUAGCAGAAGCUAAGGUCUAUGUUUUGAGCUGAGACAUUUGUUACAGGUAAUUGUGUAGGUUUAGGGUGUCUCAGUUUAAAGAGUGAGAUUGAAGUUUCUGGUUUUUCUUGCCCAUUUGAAAUUAGGUCCUAAAGGAAUGACUUCCUUCACAGCAUUAGACUCCAUAACUGAGCUCACCGGACACUUUGUGCCCAGCUGUCGUUCACUGUCAGCUGCUUCCUUGCAGCAUAGCAGGGCUGAGGGAGGGGGCUAUAAAUAUUUAAGUAUAUGUUCACAGGGCAGGGAAAAUCAUAUGCUGCUCCUUCAUAAACCUACACCAGUGCCCAGCAGUCACUCUCUCCCCUUCCCUGCCCAACACCAAUUAUAGGGGUUGGACCCCUGGACCAGCUGACACUUGGGCUGCUGCUGGGAGGCCUGGGUUGUUUUUUUUCUUAACAUAUUUUAUAAUACUGUACAACCAAAUCUACCCUCCAGGGCCCCAGAGCCUCAUCAGUUCCACCGAUUGAAAACUCUCUCUUCCAGGGACUUUUGUUUAAGCCCAGUAGGAAAGAGAAAUGGGGAGGGGAAAGAGCGUACCAUCAUUUUAGGCUCUUGACUGCUCCUUUACGUUGGGCCAAGGUUUGUACCUGUUAACCCCACUGCAUGACUCAGAUGCCCUCAGGUCCCUUUCUCUUUGUACGUAUACUGUGUGUGUUUGGGUUGAAGCACUACCUGACAUUAAAGGAAGGAUUUCGAGAGAGA